UCUCCGCAACCCAACCGUUUGAUGACAUCGGCCUGCUGAAGAAAGCAAUCACCGCCUUGGGACAUCCGCUGUCCUUUCCGGAUAGCCCAGCUUCCUCCGUCCAUCCAAUGGCCCCUGCUCUCCCUGUAGAUCAGACCGACUUGGGAAAGACAACAAAGAUCUUUGCCAGCGUUGACUAUGAGGAUGGAUACGUCCAACCGCUGUUACUCUCCGUCCUCAACGCAAAAUUGCCAUCCGAUCUACUGGUCCUGAUCAACGAUGUUUCGGAACUGCCACACUCAGAUUGCAAAUUUCUGCAAUGGCGGCAGUACGAGAGCAUCGACUUUGAUCACUUAAUGCAAAAUUCUACGUCCAGCACGGCAAACAGUUACAUCAUCAGGAAAGCACUCAUUCGGAAGCACUAUCUGUCCUCUACCGUCAAUCACUGGCUCACGAAGCAUCCGGACUCCUUGCUCAAGCAGCAUGUACAGCCUAGCGUGGAGUUCGAAGUCGACUAUGCUCAGUUCCUUGACGAUGCUCUGCUCGAAGCAUAUGAGCUGAAGGAAAGCUGGGCUCGCAACGAAUCCCGCGAUGAGGAGGACUCCGAACGUGAGUGGUGGAUUCUUAAGCCCGGCAUGAGUGAUCGUGGUCAAGGCAUCAGGUUAUUCAGCUCUGAAGAGGAGCUUACGAGCAUCUUUGAAGAGUGGGAUCCGGCUUCGGACGAUGAGGACGACGAUGUUUACUCAAGUCCCGGUGAUAAAGAGCUUGAUGACGGUGAUGAGGACGGCAACGGAGUCAUGGCUUCACAGCUGAGGCACUUCAUCGCCCAGCCUUACGUUGCUUCACCGCUCUUGAUGCCCGCUACACAUCCUUCCGGCGGUCGUAAGUUUCAUGUUCGGACAUAUGUCCUGGCGGUAGGUGCUCUGCAAAUCUAUGUGUACAAGCCGAUGCUCGCUCUCUUUGCCGGAGAGACUUAUCGUGCACCAUCUGCUUCAUCAAGUCCAAACGAAGACCUCUCAUCUCACCUUACCAACACCUGUCUACAAGAUGGUACAAGAGAAGGUAGCGUGCACCCUUUCUGGUCCCUGCCAGAUGCCAUCGAGGGCACGCUGGACAACAAUUGGAAGAACGAUGUGUACAAGCAAAUCUGCUCAGUUACAAGCGAGGUCUUUGAAGCCGCAGCACGAAGCAUGACCAUUCAUUUCCAGCCUUUGCCCAACGCCUUUGAAGUGUUUGGACUCGACUUUCUCGUCGACGCAAAUGGCAUCGCGUGGCUUCUGGAAGUGAACGCCUUUCCGGACUUCGCUCAAACUGGCACAGAGCUGCAGAACCUAAUUCGUGGACUGGUCGAAGGCGUAGUAGAUACCGCCAUCAAGCCUUUCUUCGACAUAUCAGAUGGCAGGAGCGAGACAGUGGCUGAAAACAUGACGAAAGUGCUUGAUAUUGACCUUGGUAGAAGAUGAAGGCCAUCUACUUUAUUACGCUGCGGCACCUAAACAAGAUCUAACAAGUCCUUCCUACGAUUUCGGUCUCGCCGUCAACGAUUGACAUCCCUCUCAUAGACGAACCUCCGCGCCGAGGUGUAUCUGUCUGUUGGCACUCCGUUCAGGCAUCCUCCACUCGAAGGUCAUCAUCUUUCCAACGCCUGUUCACCACAUACUCGCCGAAGUCCCAGCUGUCCUCACCAAUUCGCACUUGCAUUUCCUCCGCAAGCUCGUCGAGCCACGACGCAUCCGCAGAACGCGCGCGUGCGAACGGAGAGCAGGGCAGGGAGUAACUGGGCUCCCGAUCAAUCUUCAUCACGAAAGAGCGGAGACCAAGUUUGCGCGCCUCGAGCAACACAUCUCGAAUCCCCGACUUAAAUAUCGAUU